UUUUGUUGUUUAGUAGAGCAGAACAUUUACUUCCUCAUUGGAUACCUGUGCGCUUUCGACGGAGCAGACACAAAUCUCACGUUUUAUACGCAGCAUAUGCAAAAUGAAGGUGUGUAAGAUCUGGCUGCUUGAGGUUCUGUGUAUUUUAUCAACUUUAAAGAUUGUCAACACAUCAGUUAACACCAGCCGUGAGCCAAAUGUCAAAAUCACCACUCAAAGUUCAAACCACAGUGCUGCAUAUCUUAGUGGUAAUGCAGUAGAUGGCUGUACAAAACAGCAUUUCGUCCACAACUGUUGUUCACAUACAAAGGCAGGUCAAAAAGAGGCAUGGUGGCAAGUAGAUCUAGAUGGACUGAUCGUUAUGGAAUACGUCAAAAUAUACUACAGAGAUCAAGGUUAUCAGCAGAAACAACGAUUUGGUGGCUAUCAAAUAUACCAGUCGAACACGUCGGAUUGGCGGAACGGUCACCUUUGCCAUAAAGACACAUCAUCAACGUCGGCCGCGUUGUCAUUGAUUCCCGAGAUCCCAUGUACAGGUAGCGCCCAGUACCUGACGAUCUACAGCGACAGACGGUCAGGAGGUCUAUCGUGGUACUCUAGUUAUGCUGUUCUGGAGCUUUGUGAGGUAGAAGUGUACGGUUGUCCGCUUGGGAAAUAUGGUGAUGGUAAUUGUGAUUCAGAUUGUGAUGUAGGCUGUGCCAAUAGCCUGUGUGAUCCAGUGACCGGAGGAUGUGCAUACUGUGCAGUUGGAUACUAUAGGUCUGGAUCUGUAUGUGUAGAAUGCCCCUCUAAUUGUUAUGAUAACAUAUGUAAUGCAGAAUCUGGUGUUUGUUCUGCGUGUACUCUCGGGUAUUAUGGCAGCCAUUGUAAUCAGACUUGCCUGUUCAACUGUAAAGACAAGCGAUGUAUGCAAAGCAAUGGAGAGUGUGAAGACUGUGAGGAUGGAUUCUUCGGAUCGUCCUGUGAUGUCUGCUCUGUUGGUUGUAUCAAGCAUGUCUGUGACAAAGUAUCCGGAAGUUGUAGUCGUAAGUAUUUAAAAAAGAACACCUGAUCUACGCACUGAUGACUAAUAUUUCAAUAUAUCUCAAAAUCUAUUUUCCUGAGUUAAAACAGAUGCGCCAGUUGACAAUUAAAUCAA